GAAAGAGUACUGUACUGUGAUGAAGCCCCUGACAGUGGCUCUGGACAUCUUACAAGGGGAUGAGUGCACCUACGGGGCUUUACUGCCAACACUCACAAGCCUGAUGUCAAAGACCCUUGCCCUGAAAGAUGACCUCUCUAGAAUGACAGCCAGCCUUCCAGAUGUCAUUGUAAAGGCCAUCAAGACUCGUUUUGAUGCUGUUCUGGACAGCCAAGAAGGACUUCUCGCAGCGGCCACUUGUCCCAAGUUUAAACUUCGUUGGCUGAGAGAUGAGCGUAGGAGAGAGUAUGUGAAGGAGCUCCUGAUAACAGAGUGUCGUAAAGCUGCUCCUGCAACUGAGAACACUAAUGUGUCCCAAAUCCCAGCCAGCCCAGCCGAAAUGGACUUUUUUGAAUUUCAGAAUCAGCCCACAGAAAGCUUCUCAGCAGAAAAAGAAAUAACUGACUUUUUAAGGUCAGGCUAUGAGCUUGAGAUUCUGAAUCAGUUCCCAAAUCUCAAAAAGAUGUACAUGAAAUACAACAGUCCAACUCCAUCCAGUGCACCAGUGGAACGGCUGUUCAGUUUAGGUGGAUUGGUGCUUUCCCCAAAAAGGAACAGAAUGUCUGAUAGAAGGUUUGAGAAGCUUCUGCUGAUGCGAUAUAACCACUGUUUCAGUCCAAAAGAAAACAAUAAAACAUAGGUCUUUUUCAGGGUUGCCACAAACUGAGACUGGAUUAACAGCCUGAAUGUAGCAUGCAAUAGCAUUUUCUGUUUUUGUAAUCUCAAUAUUAUGCCUCUCUGCACUUUACCAACUGUUAAAAGAUGUUUUUGU